UGCUCAUUUAAUAUAAAUACGUGACCAUUUGCUGUUUAAGGCAUCAUUUCAUCGGGACUUACCAACGUAGUCACAUUACCUACAUAUUCAACAAAAUGGUUGUGAAGUUCGUUGUUGUCCUCGCUUUCGUGGCCGCCGCUGCCGCUUCUAACAACUUCAACAGCUUCUCCUACGAUAUUGCUGAUCCCUUCACUGGCGACUUCAAGAGUCAAAUCGAAGCUCGCUCAGGCAGCAACGUCCAGGGUCAAUACUCCCUCUUGGAAUCUGAUGGCACCCGUAGAACAGUCGACUACGCAGCUGGCGCUGGUGGAUUCAACGCGGUCGUGAGGAAGGACCCCGCCAUCAUCGCUGCUCCCGCUCCCAUUAUCGCUGCAAGGACUUUCGCUCCAAUCGCUUACUCUGCCCCAUAUGGAUUCACAAACUUCGCAAAAUACGGUCCCAUCGGAUACGGCGCUCCAUUGGCAUAUGCGAAAUACCUGUAAACUUCGCUC